GGAAGGCGGUCACAACAAUCCCGUUCCCUUCUACUGGCAGUACACCCACCUUCAACUCUCCAUACCAUUUCUCUAGCAAACCCCAAACCGGCACGCCGUAGACGAAGGAGCUGUAUUUAAUUCAACAGCGAUGACUUCGUCCAUAGCUGCCGCGACCUAUCCUGGUCGCCAACCAGUAGUACAUCACGGCUCUCCGCCGCCAAGCGUGCCGCCCGCACCCGAUCCAGAUUCCGCAUCUGUUGCUACUGCCGAUGCGAAUGCGCCGAUAGCUUUUUCCGUUCAACAAGAUACCUACCGCGAUGACAUUCAAGAGAUGCAUUCAAUGCCUUCGCCCCCUACCGUCUCUCCCCUUUCUACGCCGGCAGCGACCCAAGUGAACGUUGGCGAUAAUGACGAUGUUCCCGACCUCUCUACCGGGCCUCUACCAGCUACGAAUGGAGCCUCUGAACACGCCUCGGCCGUCCAUCUAGCCUCUACCAACUUGAGCGUAGCUACAGAUACCUUUUCUAUGAAACUCAAUCGAACCCAAAUACUAGACAAUGCACAACGAUCGCGCAACCAAGUGGAAGCUGUCGCGACCACCGACCCCGAACCCGCAGGCAUGGAUUUCUCGUCUCGAACCAUGUCUUCUAACUUGCGACACACCCAGGGUACCGUACAACCCAAUGCCUAUAUCAUGAAUAUCGCCCAGGCUAGUUCGGCCCUCUUCCAGAAUCAGGGGCCCUCCAUUGUAGCCCCCUCUGAGGUCUCCUUACAGGCCUCGUUUACUCCCCAGGAAAGCGACGCUGUGACGACAAGCGGCGACCGCACAUCGACUAGCGCCAGCCAAAAGUUAGAAUCUUUUGCCAGGAUAGAAUUUGCCGAUAGUGUUUUUCAGAUGACUACCUACGCUGUCAUUAUUGGUCGCGAUCAACGGGCCAUGGACCAAGCUAGGAGGGAUGAGAAGAGGGAAUUAAACUACAGACGCAAAGUGGAAGAGAAUGCGAGAAAUGGAUUGCCUCCCCCGACGCCCCUCAACGUCGACCGCGGGAAAUUUAGUAAAUCCUAUGUGAGCGAAGAAGGUGGCAUGCUAGGCCCCGAGUCGGAUGGUGAAGAUAAUGUCCGGCCUGUGAAGAAACGUCGCCCAAGUUCUGCGAAUAGGUCUCAUAACGGUGACGAAGACGCUCAAAGUGACCAUGUCAAGUCCAACAGACAAUAUGUUUCCCACACUCCCGGAGCCGCCGCUGUAGAUUUAGGCACCUUGCAACCGUCGCCCUCUCACAUUCCAUUCGUGGGUAUUCAUUCUCCCGGACCAGAUAUCGCAAGUAAAACUCGCGGUAUAUCGAGACAACAUCUUAAGAUCGAAUUUAAUGAGAAAAGAGGCGUAUUUGAGGCUGUUGCCCUACACAAGAAUGGGUUUUUCUGCGAUGACACGCAUUACGGUCUCGACGAUCCAGUCACCCUCAGGAGCGGAGAUCGACUUCAAAUCAAAGAUGUGGAGUUCACAUUUAUCCUCAACGGUGUUCAAUUAGGUAAGACAGGCGGCGAGGAAUAUCACGAGGAGGAGACAUCGAGUAAACGUAUGUCUAUUGGAGGCAAGGAGAUGAGCUUUGACUUUGAACACUCCGACCAUGAGAACUUUCGAGACACAAGCGAAGAGCUAUCAGAGAUUGAGAAUGUACCGACACCUGUCGUUGGGUCUGAUGAAGGUAAUGGAGAAGGGGAUGGCAACGGUGAAGGUGAAGGCGACAAUGACGGCGAAGGCGAAGGCGAAGACGAAGAAGGUGACGAUCAAGGAGUCACUGAGCUACAGUCUGAUGAAGUAGACGAGUCGAAUAUUGGCAUGAGGGACUCCACCGAACUUCAGGACAUGCAUCAGUCCCAGUUUAUGACUUCUGAUAUGCCGAAACGGCGUGGUCCAGGGCGACCACCUAAAGAUGGAAUAAUGUCAAAGAGGGAACGGCGGCUACUUAAGAAGCAGAUGCAAGAGACCUCUAAGAAGACUAUUCCCCAGGACCCGCAAGGACAGAGUGAGAAGAUUAAACGGCCAGUAGGCCGACCUAGGAAGAAUCCUCUCCCUGAGGAUGGAGACAAGCCGGAGAAGAGAAAGUAUAAUAAACGAAGGCCAAAGGAAGAAGGCGAAGAAGGUUCCGAUGCCGAGAGGCGGGCGAGGGAAAAGAAAGAGAAGAAGGUCCGACCGAAGUCACCGCCUUUGGAGCUCCGAAAGGAGGACUUUACCGAAGAACAACUACAGAAACCCACCAAAAACUACGGCGUUCUGAUUGAUGAGGCCUUAACCAAUGGUCCUCCGGAUGGCCUAACCUUGAAACAAAUCUACAAGAGGAUUAUGUCAAAAUAUCCAUGGUUCUACUUCUCUGCCGAGACAAAAGGAUGGGAAAGUAGUGUCCGGCAUAAUCUAAUUGGGAACGAAGCCUUCAAGAAGGCUGAGGGAACCGGACUUUGGUCUCGUGUUCCCGGCGUUGAGCUUGAUGCCGGAAAGAAGCGCAAAGCAAGCUCACCAGAUCGACAGCUUGGAUCGGCCCACCUUCACUCACAGCUAUCAACACAGUAUUACCAAAACGGAUCUUACUUACCUGCGGGCAACUAUAACUACGGCCAUAAUGUAUCACACUAUACCAACGACACGAAGCAGAUACCAACAGGAUACCACCCUCCUACAAACCAACCUCCUCAGCCCCUUUCAGCACAAUCUUCUCAACCAGUCGUUCAGCCAGUUUACUCGACGCAAUCUCCCGCGCCUGCACAAUUGCCCCCUGCGUAUCUGGCCAGGCAAUCCAUUAACGCCCAGCAAAGUACAUACAGCUCGCCUUACGCGAAACCGCCCCCUCCAAUUAAUAUUCCCGUCAAAUCGGAAGCUCCUGCGGUACAAAACCCUCAGGCACUACCCGCAGCUCCAGUGCAACAACCUCUAGCUCAACCCCCCUCACAACCCCAGCAACCGCAACAGAUAUCGAGUAUUCCUGAGAAUACAGUCCGAUCACCGCUAUCACCAGAAAUCGAGCGAGCCAUUGCUCAGUUUAGGGGAAACAUGUUGAACGUUAUUUCGAAGCAGACACCCCAUGCUGCACAAAUCAUUGACUCGGCCAUAGGUCGUGCGCGAGGGUUAUCAGCCCAAACCAGUGUACCUCCUGGGUUUGAAUCAGUCGAAAAAACACUAUUUAACGCGGUACAAAAUAUGAUUACCGAAAUGCAAGCGAAGCGACAACAGCAGGCAACGUCCGCAUCUCCCGCUCCCACCUCGACCUUACCAAAUGCUGCGAAAUCAACGCCGACUCCGAGCGCACCAACGCCAAGUCCAGCACCCGCGGCCACACUUGAGGCUGAAAUACAACGCAGAAUCAGGAACUUUAGGGGUACUAUGGUUGUCGCUCUUAAGAAGAAGACGGACCAAGCAGAAGCUAUCGUGGACUUGGCUAUUAACCGAGCCCAAGGUUUGCCAAAUGCUGGACCGAUUCAAGGCUGGGAGGAGGCGGACAGGUUGAUGGUUAAAUCUGUCACGCAGAUAAUUGCAGAUGCGCGCAGAGCGCAUAACCUCCAGGUACAACCUCCGCUUUCAGGGGUAACUCAGGCUCCGCAACAAGUUCCGCGACAAGCUCCAUCUGCAUCACCGGCUCCAACUCAGCCCCCUACUCCUACAACGGGGACCGCUCAAACCAGUCAAGGAAUAUUACCAAGUAUGCCCUCACAUACUAUCCAGGCCACCAGUACAAGGCCAACGCCAUCAGUUACCCGUCCCGGUGUUUCAAUCCAACGUCCAACCCCGAUGGGUAUCUCGCGCCCAGGGGUAAACUCAAUAAGUCGACCUUCUGUUAUGCGCAAGGAAUCAACAGGUGCACCAAAUCUGCCAAGCCCGGGCGUACCGGCAGCACCGAUGCACAAUGUUUCCAGUCCAGCGCUACCAAGCGCAGGCGUUGUUGAUCAAAUCGCGGGGCAGAAGCGACCACACGACGAUGCGUUCAGCCAUAGUCAAGGAACUGCCGACAGACCGGAGCCGGUUAAAGCUCCCACACCUAACAUGUCUACUCCAGCACCACCUAGCGCAGGUGUCGUUGAUCAAAUUGGACAGAAAAGAUUGCGGGAGGACGGAUCUGUCAAUAGCAACGGAGGUGUUGGGCAACACGAGCUACAUAGCAAGGCCGUCGCGCCUGCAUCCGCACCUGCGCCGGUACCCAAUAUAUGCAGUCCUGCACCACCCAGCGCGGGCGUAGUCGACCAAAUCGCUGGUCAAAAGAGGAACUUAGACGAAGGGCCCGGGAGCACGGGCUCAGAACAACCCGAUGCUAAGAAGCCAGCUAUCUCGUCGGCUUCAGCAACCUGAUAUGCAAAGUAGAUUAUACAGUCUUGUACUAUUGACUUAGAGCGAUGGUUGUACGAUGGAGAUGGAUACCUGUUGAAAAACUGGACCUCCUUAGCUUUAGCUCCCCCCUUCUCUACCCUUAU